AUUUCUCCAGCGUGUCAACAAGAGAUAUGGGCCAAUAUACCUCCCGAGUGGCCACGGCCGACUUGCUCGGGUACGCCAGCAUUUCUUGUUGGUUAUGCGCCCAACUCCCUCAGGUGAUAAAGAACGCUCGUCUAAAGUCUUCUGACGGUUUAUCUCUACCUUUCCUCUGUAGCUGGUUAUUCGGGGACAUGACCAAUCUCAUAGGUUGUAUCUUGACUGAUCAAUUACCAUUCCAAACAUAUCUCGCUACUUAUUUCUGCAUCGUCGACUUUACCCUUCUCGGUCAAUUCUAUUAUUAUCAACAUAUCCUUCGACCCUCUCUUCCUUCACAUGAAACCCCAAUAACAUACUCUCCUAGGCAAUCCCUCAUUCUUCCUCCUUCCAUACCUCCUUCCUCUAGACAUAGAUCAACAUCCAACGCCGCCAUUACUCAUUCACCUAACCGUAAGCGACCAAGACCAUUACGUUCACAUCAGUCGUACAUCUCCGGCUCAUUCGGACCCGAGAUAACGACUUCGACUACCAUGACCGAUUCUUAUCAAGCGAUAUACGAAGCCGCUUUAGAUGUAGCACGAGUUGCAGAAAGAGCAGAAGCUAGAAGAAGUCAUUCUCGUCAUGGUCAUGGAGAUAGAAUGAUGGAAAGUUUUUAUUCUGAAAUGUCUGCUCAAAGUACAAGUACUUCCGCUAGUGGGGAUAGAAGAAUAAUGUCUUUAUCCACUAGUGCUUUGUUAGAUAAUAGAGGGAGAACGUUAAGAAGAGAUAGAGUUGAAGUUCCUACUCCUCCACCUGAAGAGAUCGAGGGUAUUGAUGGUUUACCUAAUGAAGGUGGUCAAGGUGUUCAAAUGAGGAGAAGAAGUGCUAGUAGAAGUUUAAGUUUGGUAAGGGGACAAAGUAGUAGAGGAAAAGGUAAAAGAGCUGCUGGAAUUGCUUUUAUGAGUUUUGGAUUGAUUUUAGGAUGGAGUAAAUUUUCUACGAAUCCACUUUCUUCUUCUUAUUCAGGUGUGGUACUCUCACAUCGACAACAAUUGAAAUCGACAGUGAACAUUCCUUCAAUCAGAUAUUCCAAAUUUGCCAAUCCACGGUUACCUUUACACAAUACCGAAACGUCUAUACUUUCUGACGACACGAAUGUUCCUCAAUCACAACCCUUUGACACCGAAACGAAGUUGAUACCCGACGACACGGUUAUACAACCUCAACCAAAUACAGACGUACCGCCUUCAACCGAACGUGUCAUUGGGAGGAUAUCAGCUUGGACAUGUACUACCUUAUAUCUAGCUUCUCGUUUACCUCAAAUAUGGAUGAAUUUCACACGAAAAUCUAUAGAAGGUUUAUCAAUCUUACUCUUCCUCUUCGCAUUCUUAGGUAACACAACAUACGUAUUAUCGAUCCUCUUAAACCCUCUCUCAUCAUCAUCUUCAUAUCUACUCGAAGCUUUGCCUUAUCUAUUAGGAUCAGGUGGGACAUUAAUGUUUGACUUGACCAUCAUGUGUCAAGCGGUCUUAUAUGGAUCUUCUCGACCCGUCUCAACUACAGGAAAAAGAAGUAAGAUGAGGAGAAAGUUGAGAUAUUUGGAAGAUGGACCUGGACCUGGACCUUUGGAAAGAUCAAGUGUUGUGUCUGCGGGGACGGAAAGACAACCUCUUUUAUCUACUGGCAAGGAUAAACAGGUUUUUACAUAUUCGGGGACAGAGAGACAAUCUUUGUAUUCAAAUUCUGGGAAAUUGAAAGAGAGAAGUCUUAGUCCGGAUGUUAGACGUUCCGUCAGACUUGCAGAGGGAACGACGACGACGAUGGAUAUGGGAAGAGGGAAUACAUCAAUUUCAUCAGGUCAAGGAUGA